GCUAAAGUGAAUCGUGAGAAAAAGAAGGCGUACAUCAACGGCCUUGAAGAUGAACUUGCCCAGGUGAAAGACUCGAAUGCUCAACUUCAACAAGAAAAUGUCAAACUUAAUAGUGAAAAAGAUUCUUUAGCUGAGCAAGUCGAAUAUCUCAAAAGUGUGUUGGCCAAUCAGAGCACACUUUCCAAAGUCCUGAACACUAUGGAAAAUUUGAAGGGUGUCCGUCUAACUUCUUCAAUUAGUGGUAGUUCUAGGAAACGUGCUCUUAAUGCGGAUCAUUCAUAUGGCUCUAAGAGCCAAAAAAUGGACGAGACUGAAGCUGUCAGUGAGUCACACUCCAAAUCAUCAGCUGGUGUUUGCCUUCAUGUUCACGAAGAAACCGUAUCUUUGGAACUCUGUUCCCAUUGUUCCAGAAUGGCCAAAAGUGUCAAGUGA